AUGUCCCGCAUUCUUGUUACCGGAGCGAAUGGAUUCCUUGGUGCACACAUUGUCAAAGAAGCAUUGGAUAAUGGAUAUAUUGUUCGAGGAACUGUUCGAUCUGCAGCAAAAGCUGAUGAACUGAAAAAGAUCUUCCCUUCUGAAAAGUUCGAAACCGUGAUCGUACCAGAUCUGAUUGCGGGGGACUACACCGAAGCUUUGAAAGAUGUCACCGCCCUCAUACACUCAGCUUCGCCGUUCGCCGUAGAAGUAAGUGAUCCCAAGAAAGACUUUUUGGAUCCUGCAAUCGAUGGAACUUUGAAUGUUCUACGAGCGGCUCAUGCGGCUGGAAUCAAAAGGAUCAUAGUGACAUCCACAGUAGGUACCGUUUUAAGCCAGCCAGAACUGAUGUCUGUUGAUUACACUUAUGGAUCCGAUGACUGGCUUCCUCUCACCUACGAGCAGGCAGCGAGUGGUACAUUGCCCGGCUUUGUAGUCUAUCUCGCGUCCAAGAAGUACGCUGAACUGGCUGCCUGGGAUUUCGCGAAAGAGCAUCCUGAAAUCAAUUUGACUGUCAUCAAUCUCUUCAUCUUAGCCACGGUGAUCUACGGCCCAGUCAUCCAUCCAAUCUCAUCCCUGAAGUCUCUCAACGCCUCCAAUACGAUCAUCUAUUCGCUCAUCAAUGGUUCCAAAGCCAUCCCUCCUGACACUGUUCCGGUUUUCUGCGAUGUCGUUUCUACUGCCCAGAUCCAUGUGAAGGCCCUCGAAUCCAAGGCAACUUAUGGGAAGCGCGUGAUCUUCACCAAGGGGCCUGGAACUGUGUACCAAAUGCUUCAAAUCAUUGCAAAGGCUAGGCCAGAACUUGCCGAUCGUCUAUCUCCUAUUCCAGAAGCAGAUCCACUCGCAGGAAAGCCAUUCUCGAAAUUCGAUACGUCAAUUGCAGUGGACGUCCUUGGCGUCAAAGGGUUGGAUUUGGAAGAGACAGUGCUUCAAACCGUGGAUAGUUUAUUGGAGCUGGAAAAGAAAUUGGGUACAAACUAA